GGGUCGGGAUGGUCACGUGAUGCUUCACAUGAUUUCAGUCAUGUGAUGGGAACACGUUGAACAACAAAGUGUACAGCUUCCAGCAGUGGUACAAUUUAACAUGAUCGGAGGCUUGUUUACCUACCGAACCUAGAGUAGUGAACAGACAGGCUAACCUGUAGCCAUGCUAGCCGUGUGUGUCCUCCUCGUUGCUGUAGUUUCUCAAACGGCGGCUCGCUACACUGCCAACUGGACGAGUUUGGACGGCCGACCGCUGCCCUCGUGGUACGACGAGGCCAAAGUGGGGAUUUUUGUCCACUGGGGUGUGUUUUCUGUCCCCGGAUUUGGUAGCGAGUGGUUCUGGUGGCACUGGCAGGGCCAGCAACCUCCGGACCAGAAGUGUGUGAGCUUCAUGUCAAAGAACUACCGGCCUGGGUUCAGCUACCCGGAGUUCGCCCCCCAGUUUCACGCUCAGUUCUUCAACCCGGAGGACUGGGCGGACAUAUUCAAGGCUUCUGGUGCAAAAUAUGUCGUCCUGACUGCCAAACACCACGAAGGGUUUACUAACUGGGGUUCUCCAAACUCGUGGAACUGGAAUUCAGUUGAUACUGGUCCUCGCAGGGACCUGGUGGGAGACCUGGGGGAGGCAGUGCGCAACAGGUCCUUGCACUAUGGACUCUACAACUCUCUGUAUGAGUGGUUCCACCCUCUCUACCUGACUGACAAGAGGAAUGGAUUCAAAACACAGGAGUUUGUGAUGAGUAAACUUCUACCAGAACUUUAUAACAUGGUUGUAAGGUACAGACCUGAUCUGAUCUGGUCUGAUGGGGACUGGGAAGCACCUGACACCUACUGGAACUCCACCCAGUUCCUCGCCUGGCUCUACAACGACAGUCCUGUCAAAGACACCAUUGUGACCAACGACCGAUGGGGAGCUGGCUGUGCCUGUAAACAUGGUGGCUACUAUAACUGUGAGGACAAAUAUACUCCGGGCCAGCUGCCCAAGCACAAAUGGGAGAAGUGCACAUCUGUGGACACGCUAUCCUGGGGUUACCGUCGAGACAUGAAGAUGAGCGAACUGAUGGACUUACCCUCUAUCGUAGAGGAUCUGGUUCGCACCGUGGCUCUGGGAGGUAACUACCUUCUGAAUGUGGGUCCCACCCCUGAUGGGAUGAUCCCCCCGCUGUUUGAGGAGAGGCUCAGGGGCGUCGGAGCCUGGCUGGAGAUCAACGGGGAGGCCGUCUACGCUUCCAAACCCUGGAGGGUCCAGACCGAGAACACCACGGUACCAGUCUGGUAUACAUCUAAAGGAAGCAGCGUUUAUGCCAUAAUGACGGCCAAACCACCCAAGCUCAUAUUGCAACUACUGGGACCCAAAACAUCAGCGACCACUAAGGUGACCUUGUUGGGGAACCCGAAACCUCUCCCCUGGUCCCCAGUCCUCCCCAAUGCUGGCCUUACUGUCCUUCUGCCUGAGCUUCCCUUUUCCCCGGGUCAAGCCUGGACGCUGAAACUGGAUGGAGUCCAGUGAGCCUUAAACCUCUACAAAGGCUUAAUAUUGACAAUAUUCUCCAUCUCAGGUUGUGAUUUAUGUUUGUGGGAUAAAAGGGGAAACAUAUGCACUUUAGUUGAAAGGAAGACGUUUGUGUAACGGAUCAGCAUUUGUGCCAACACGUAAGAAUGGAGCGCUCCUCUUCGAUGACUCCUUUGUAGCUCUGAGGACUGAAGAUUUAAUGUGUCACUGCCUCUGAAUUGUGCUCUUUUUUUAAACUAAUGAUUGAAAUGAUUAUGAAUGAAAAGUGAAAUCUUCUGUGAAGCUUUUCCUGGCAUCUAACUGCUGUUUCAGGAACAAUUAAGUUUGUUUGAAAAUUAACCAUUUAAAAAAAAUAUUUGACACAGUUUGUUACUGUACGCUUUGAAAAUGACUGAAUAAAAGAUGAUUUGUGUUUUUACA